CCUUCCUAACUUUAUUCUUAAUUUUCUUAUUAUUAAUUCUACUUCAUUCCGAGUUUAUCUUUUUCUACACACAUACAAAUUUUAGUGAUUCCUAUCCAUCUUCUAUUCAUGGGAAGAGAGAGUUUAAUAAAAUUGAUGAACUCACAUUGAAUAACAUGAUAUGACUAACAAAAUUCUCGACAAGCUGACAAUAUAAUUUCCGAGUCUUAAAUGGUAAAUAAGAUGAUUGCAGUGAACGAUGUCAGACACAUUCAGAUAACUUUUGAACUUGCUGUUCCGUGCGCUUAUUUCUAGUCAACAAAUACAUUUUGUGUAUUCACCAUGAGAAUAGAAUUACCGGAAAUGCGGCGUUGCUGUUUUUGCUUUCCGUUACGGAGAGGUGUUUUGGCGUAUGGGUAUGUUUGCUUGCUUUUCAGUAUAUUCUGCCUGUGUCUGGAGAUAUACCUUGGGGACAAUGACCUAACGGGCACGACAUUGGUAGCCUAUCAUGGCAACACUUUCUUCGCUCGGGCGUGGCUGGCAAUUUUAUUAUACGUUACAGAUUUCGUUUUCACGAUUAUUAUGUUAGUUGGUGCACAUAUGAAACGGGUUCGUCUUCUUACCAUAUACUUCUACUACGGCGUGACUACUACACUGGCUACCUUCCUCACGAUGUCUAUAAUUAACUACGACUUAUAUAACCGAAAUCCGUAUCAUGCGAUGAUAGAAAUCACAUUUAUCGUAUUUGCUAUAAUUCUCCAUGUGUAUAUGCUGUGUUUGGUGUGGAACAUGAUCAAGAGGUUAAAGCAGAACAGUGGACUUACCUUCGUGAACCAAGUCACUGAAGUGGUUAUAGAAUCUCCCACUGAAAAUAUACAGAAUCCUCUUUAAAAUAUUCACAAAAGAAAUGUUUUACCACCAUCUUGUAUAUUAUAUAAUUAUAAUUGGGCAACAUGAAA